CCCAGUAGUCAUCGGUUUUAUUGGAUAACGUGGCACGAUGUAAUUGGCUGAAGAUUAGAAGACCGCCGGACUAAGAUUCAACCAGCGGUGACUUCGACACUUACUAGCCGGUAAAUUUAUUCGCCGGAGCUUCUGCGAGCUCCCUUAAAGAUUAUGGCCACCGAUGGCGAGAGUAUCUCGAUGUCUGUGGCGGUGGCUGCCUGCGUCGCUAUGGCAGUAUUCUACGUUUUGAUCCUUUACGCUCCCACCGUAAUUCUCCGUCUCCCGUCGGCUUCUUCUUACUCCGAAUUUAUGAUUCGGCGAUUCAUCUGCGCGGCCAUUUGUACUGUAGCAUCUCUCGUCUUCACAGCUUUUAUACUUCCGAUAAAAAGCUGGGAGGCCUCUGUUAUACUUGGAGUUUAUGGCAUAAGGACAGAUCAUCUGUGGCAAGGAGUGGUGUAUCCUCUUCUAUUGACCUCGCUCAUUUACGCCAGCUCUUUGGUAUUGAAGUUGUUAUUGCUCCUGGAAUCAUGGAAGGAAAAUGGUGGAGGAUGUAGUUCCUUUAAUUACAUCAGAAGCUUUUUCCAAACAAUUCCUGCUUCGGUACUGACAGGUGCUUCUAAUGUUUCCGUUUGGCGCAAUUUUAUCGUGGCACCAGUAACUGAGGAGCUGGUUUUCCGAGCUUGUAUGAUACCUUUGCUUCUGUGUGCUGGAUUUAGGAUUUACACUGCCAUCUUUCUCUGCCCAGUUCUCUUUAGCUUGGCUCACUUGAACCAUUUUAGAGAGAUGUACAUCAGGCAUAACCGCAGCUAUCUCCGGGCUACACUGAUUGUUGGUCUUCAGCUUGGCUACACAGUCAUUUUUGGUGCAUAUGCAUCGUUCCUCUUCAUCAGAACCGGACAUCUUGCUGCUCCUUUGUUUGCUCAUAUAUUCUGCAACUACAUGGGAUUGCCUGUGCUAUACGCACAAGGAAAAGGUUUGGUGAGUGCAGCGUUCUUAGGCGGUGUGGUUGGGUUCGUCUCGCUUCUCUUUCCUUUAACAAAGCCUCUCAUGUACAACGAUAGUACCAACGAUUGUCCGUGUUGGCUUGGCUAUUGUUUGUGGCAUUGACCACAUCUCCGAGUUUUUUUGUUUUCAUAUUUCCACUGAUCAUGUCUUAGAAUCUAUUUUGGACACAAUAUUUGAAUUAUGGACUUUUACUGCAAGCUAAUGUUUCUUGAUAGUUUGUGUAGUUUUUACCUUGUAAAUAUAUUGAUUUCUGUAAU